UGGCAACGCUUGUAAAUAUCGGAGUUGUUCAAUUGAUCGGUUUCCUAUCGCUCAUCCCGACGGAACUUGAGAUGAACCGCCCCUUUACCCCAUGACGCCGCAUGAGAAGGAAGGAAAGGGGCAUGUCGAUCAGUGCCUUACUACUAUCUUCCUCAAAGCUGGGUCGUUUACCAAGGCCAUGCCGUGCAAGGUAUGCGUCCGGUGGUCUCGAAAAGGGAACCUAUCCAUGGUCGUGGGUUUUGCCCUCGCCCGAUAAUCAUACUACGAGAGUGGGUGGCGCGUCCUUGCGCCCGGUAUAUCCGACUUCCAGGACGAAACGCAUGGUAUUCAACGGGUGUAAGACCAACUUUGAAUUCAGCUUUCAGCUUUCUCUGGGAAAAUUCGUUGGAGGGAGGAACAGAUCAGCGUGGACAGCACAGUCGCACUCACGACUCACGAGGACGCACGUGGAAACAUUAAAAGGCCGCAAUCAGAGUUGCGAACACGACCUAUGUACAGAUAGCACACGACUGGGAUCUAAGAGACAGAAAGCAGCUACUUAUGUACAUGUAAUGUGGUGAGGGAGAGAAAUAUAAAAUGGGGAUGAAGGGGUUCUUUAGGGGAUAUCAAUGAUUACCCAUUAGAUAGUUGGAGGAACACUUCGACUACGCACGAACUAUGAGUUAGAGACGCCAUGGUUUGGCAAUCCCGUGUACGCGAAUGUUGUUGAAUGAUGGGCGGGACCA